CUCGCCGCGGGCCGCCACAAGCAGCACUUGGAGGAACUGGUGCAUCAGUGCGCUGGGCUGCUCUUGACGCGCUGCCAGAAGCUCCCUCCAGCCGACAGGGACUUCAUCAUUCGUGAUUGGGAAGGGGCCCGAACUGCGCUGGCAGAGGUCGUGGAGAUGAAGUUUUCCCACUGGGAUUUCUUGCCCUACAGGUUCUGUGCGCUCGGGUUCGUUGACCGCGUCGGGACGGGCGAGGGGCCCGCGCGCGCGGCUUUGGCAGCGUGCCUGGAACAGUACGCCGCGAUGAGCGCGGAGCAGAGGAACGCCUUGUGGCCACUUGCAGCUCAGGAGCCUGCCCUACUGGACACCUUAUCCGCUGACAUUGCGUACCUCAGGACCUCGCCAGACAGGCUCCUGCAGGCGUUCAGCUUACACGCACACCCGACGAUUCUUUCAGAGCAGGCUAUGCGGGGCUGGAGCAAGAUAUCCACCGUCGGCAAAGUCAUUUAUCGAUUGGACCGUCAAACCCAGCAGGCGCGGCACCGCGUUCUAGCGGACGCAAUGCGCCCUGCGCCGAAGAGCCCCGACAAGCCGAAGCCAAGGGAAUCUCCCAACCAUGGGGCGCGGCUAAUAUCAGUGCAUGCAAUGCAACACUUCCGCAAAACGUGCCGCAAAGACAUAUUUUAUUCUAUUGCUGCGCCUGCCGCGUCGUUGGCCACGCUGCAGUCGGCACUAUCGGGCACGAGGUCGCGACAUGACCCUCCGCUGCUUCCGCUCGGAGACGACGAUUUCACCGUGCCCGCGCUGCUCCCCAAGCCAGCAGACGGCGGCCAUGUCGACGGGGUGCACAGCGAGACUGUUCCAGAGGAGCUGGUCACUUGCCUUGAGGAGAGAAUGGUUCCCCCACAGCACCACGCAAUUUUCAAGGUGGUGCACAAAGCACCAAAGACGCGCCACGUCGUCACCACGCCGAACUCGAACCUAUGUUCGGAGGACAUGUCUGUGUCACUUCACGAUAUCGUGGCCCAUCAGGUGAUGCAGGACGGGUCGGUCGAGGUGCUCGUGGCGCUCACAGGCGCGCGCGUCGGGGGCCCCGCGCUGGCAGCUGAGGGCGAGGAGGGGGGCACUGGAGAUCCCCAUGCCUCCACCAGGCUACUUACGAGACGCCAUCUCGAGGCACUGCCACGCCUGGACCAGAAUCUACUCGCGUGGGAACCAGAAGGUGGUAUCUUUUACGCGCCCUGGCCGUGGCCGUCUGGGCUGCCUGUAGACAUGCGUUCAUUCGCGGCCGAAGUCUUCACGGACCUCGUGAUCGCGGAGGCCCUCCCAGGGUCUGCGUCCAGCUUCAUCUCUGACCCCAUCGAAGUGGACAGCCCGCCCGAGCUGCGCGUCUUGGAGCACCUCGAAGAACUUGGCAUGGUGAGCCGUGCGGAACAUCCUGGUCCUCAUGUGGUUGGGAUUUCUUGGAAUUUUACUGAGUACGGCUUGAAUAGUGCAUCCGCUUUGGAGAAGCUGCGCAGGCCAGCGCCUGCAUUGAAGAAGCGAGAGGGCAUCCCAGACAAGGAGACUGUGUUCGAGCUGCUCCUGGACGCCAGCAGCGCUGGUUGGCAUGGCAGACUCCUUCCACCGAAAAAGCACAAGCAACCGCCCCCAGCCCCUUACGACCCGAGCACGAGCGAGAAGGUGUGGUACUUCUCUCGCAGCAGGGCGUCCAUCUCGCACCUGUACUUGCGCCUGCUACUUGGCGGCCAGGAGGUCGUGCCGCACGAGGGCGGCGCCGACGCGUGCAUGAAGCUCUCAGGGCUGCAGCCAAAGCUGCGCCUGGCCAUCCAGGACGACGCUGGGGAGGCGGACCCGAAGCCCAAGAAGAGACGCCGUAUUGGCAAUGCAAUGGAACCGCUGCCGCUCUUGGACACUGGGGUGGCAAAUACACGGGCGACGGGUGUCUGA